AUGUACAAUAAUCCUAAGUGGCUUUUUCAGCGCGACGACACACAGCCUGUUUCCGCCCGACCUCUCGAGCCUAUUGGGUCCCGGCGACAGUUCACCAGCACUACCGGACCCGCAUUCUCACCAGACAAGAGCUCAACGAUCCCAGUCAGUUCGUCAGGCGCCUCGAUGACUUCGCUGGUCGCGACUAGCGGAACGGCCUUGGCGACAAUGCCUGUCGUCAAGACUCUGGCGCCCUUGCCUCCCUCAUCGACGGCCGAGAUGCACUCUUCGCUGGUUCCGGUGAAGUCAAGAGCGGCCGUCUUCGCAGACGCAGGGCCGACAAGAAAGCGACCUGGUCAGCCGAGUCUUGAACGGCAGCAGUUGAUUUCAGGAGCACUAGACGAGUGUCCUAUCGAGGUCUGGAAAGCUUCUUCGCUUUGUACCGCCCCAACUUCAAGCACUGCCUUCAACCAAGUAGUUGAGGGCAAUCAAAUUCAGCCGGAUCUUCGAGCGAAGCGAGACUUCGGGACGAUGCUGAGUACUGCGUCCAAUUCGUCUAGUCUUAAUACUCCACCGUCUCCGUAA